AUGGCUCCCAUCAACGAGACAGCUUCGCCGAUUGGCAUUGCCAACCUCCCAAACCAGCGACACAAGAUUGUUGCUAAGCGGGGAGCGGCUUUCACUAUCAUGGUUGCUGGAGAGUCUGGGCUCGGAAAGACCACGUUUAUCAACACCCUAUUUUCCACCACCAUCAAGAACUACGCCGACCACAAGCGCCGCCACCAGAAGCAGGUUGACCGAACUGUUGAGAUUGAAAUCACCAAGGCUGAAUUGGAGGAGAAGUUUUUCAAAGUCCGCUUGACUGUGAUCGAUACCCCCGGAUUCGGUGACUACGUCAACAACCGCGAUUCCUGGCAACCGAUUAUUGAGUUCCUCGACGACCAGCAUGAGUCUUACAUGCUGCAAGAGCAGCAGCCCCGCCGUACAGACAAGAUCGAUAUGCGUGUGCACGCCUGCUUGUACUUCAUCCGCCCCACCGGACACACUCUUAAGCCUCUGGACAUUGAGGUCAUGAAGCGCCUGAGCUCCCGUGUCAACCUUAUCCCUGUUAUCGCCAAGGCCGAUACUCUCAGCCCCGCUGAUCUGCUUCGUUACAAACAGAGGGUCCAAGCUGUCAUCGAAGCCCAGGGAAUCAAGAUCUACACGCCCCCAGUCGAGGAGGACGACGAGACCGCCGCCACCCACGCCCGCAGUCUCAUGGCCGCCAUGCCUUUUGCUGUGAUCGGUUCCGAGAAGGAUGUCAAGACCAACGAUGGCCGUGUCGUCAAGGGUCGCCAAUAUGCUUGGGGUGUUGCCGAAGUCGAGGACGAGGAGCACUGCGACUUCAAGAAGCUGCGGUCAAUCCUUAUCCGCACCCACAUGUUGGAUCUCAUCCACACAACUGAGGAGCAGCACUAUGAGGCAUACCGUGCACAACAGAUGGAGACUCGGAAAUUUGGCGAGGCCCGUCCCAGAAAGCUGGACAACCCCAAGUUCAAGGAAGAAGAGGAGAACCUGCGCAAGCGGUUCACCGAACAGGUCAAGGUCGAGGAAUCGCGAUUCCGACAGUGGGAGCAGAAGCUUAUUGCAGAGCGGGAUCGCCUCAACAAGGAUCUGGAGGCUACCCAUGCUGCAAUCAAAGCUCUCGAGCAAGAAAUCGAGGGGCUUCAGGGCUCAUCCACCCGGAGCCACGGCCGUCGUUAA